UGGUUCCACCGGGGAGCCCUGGCCCGAUCACUCGCCAUGAGUCAUACGACAGCUUGGCAUCUGACCACAGCGGGCAAGAGGAUGAAGAGUGGCUUUCACAGGUCGAAAUAGUGACUCACACCGGGCCUCAUCGACGCCUGUGGAUGGGCCCGCAGUUCCAGUUCAAAACAAUCCAUCCCUCAGGCCAAACUACCAUCAUUUCAUCCAGUUCUUCAGUGCUGCAGUCUCACGGUCCAAGCGAUACCCCGCAGCCUCUUCUGGACUUUGAUACAGAUGAUCUCGAUCUCAACAGUCUCAGGAUUCAGCCAGUUCGUUCGGAACCUGUUAGCAUGCCGGGGUCAUCGCGUCCAGUUUCUGAUCGCAGAGGCGUUUCAACAGUGAUUGAUGCUACCUCAG